UAGCAACAACAACUUAUGUUUCUGUCUAGCCUGGUACGGUCAACAAAUUGACUGUAAAUCAUAAAUGUUAUGCCUCGAUCGCUGCUUUCUUACAGUGACAUUAACCUGUGGCGUUGAUGCUAUAACAUCACCAGUCAAAUUACACCUGUUGAAUAGCCCAAUUUUUUUUUUUGUCAUCAAGUGCUUCCAUCAGUCAGCUUUAAAUCCGUAGGACCAAGGGUGCAUUUGUCAGUAAUGACCGAGGUAAUCCACUAAACUGUACCUAUGCCUAGCAGUCUGUCUGGAGAGUACUGAUCUUGACCUUCUUUCGGAUUGGCAGUAGUCCAUACAGUCUUGCCACCUGUAGUUUCUGCAGGGAGGGGGGUGAGGGUUGUGUAUAAUAACACGGCGAUACACUCAUUUAGAUCUCUGUUUAUAUUUUAGGUUUUCCCGAACACCGAAACAAACCCACAUUUCUGGUACGCCAUGUUAGCAUGAGGGUCAGUCCCUAAGGGUGACUUUAAAAGCAAAGAGGAAAGCUCCUUGGUAGAACUGCAUUGUUUAACUUUAACCACCAGAGAGCACGAUAACCUGCAGAUAACUUCAGUCAGAGUGGGUGGUGCCGGUAUUUCCUUAUCAGUGCUCUGAAUGCAUGACAGCUGUGCAAUGUUUAGCACAUAAUGUUAUAAGGGUUGUUCUAUAUGUGUGCUCUGCUAUACGGUGUAUGCCUUUUUUAUCACAGGGGACCGAUAAGUUGUCAAAUGAUACCGCACGGAAAAAGCAGACAUGCAGUUGGCCACUGAAACUGAAGCGGAGUACUUGAACAGGAAGCUCAACUUUAUGUGGUUAGCCAAGCAUCGCAGUACACUUGGAUGCAUACAGGAAGCUAGUGUCACUCAUUGGUCUUCUGUCUGAAAACGGUUUACUUUGCGUGCGAGUCUGUACACUCAACACAUCAAGAAUUUUCGUCUCAAAAUGGCCCAGGGAAAGGAUCAAUCCUUCGCCAGCCGCUUUUUCAAAUAUCGUAAGAAUAGCCAAGAGCCGAAAAAACAAGAGAGUGAGGUGCCUCGUAUCUCUGAGUUCACCAUCAUGUGGGAUAAGUUGAUGAAAGAGUUCUUAGCUAAAGCCAAAGAAGAUUUUUUAAGAAAAUGGGAGUGUCCGCCACAGAGCACAACGGGCCUGGAUGACUUCGAUAGGUUCAAGACUCUGGGAACCGGUUCGUUUGGGCGGGUUAUGCUCGUCAAGCAUAAAGAAACAAACCAGUUCUACGCCAUGAAGAUCUUGGACAAACAAAAAGUGGUGAAGUUGAAGCAGAUAGAACACACACUAAAUGAAAAGAGAAUACUACAGGCCGUCUCCUUCCCCUUCCUCGUCAGGUUGGAGUACUCUUUCAAGGACAACUCAAACCUCUACAUGGUGAUGGAGUACGUCCCUGGUGGAGAGAUGUUCUCACACCUCAGACGUAUUGGAAGGUUCAGUGAAAACCAUGCAAGAUUUUAUGCAGCUCAGAUAAUACUCACCUUUGAGUACCUUCACUCCUUGGACCUCAUCUACAGAGACCUGAAGCCUGAAAACCUGCUCAUAGAUCAACAUGGGUACAUCCAGGUCACAGACUUUGGCUUUGCCAAAAGAGUAAAAGGCAGGACCUGGACAUUGUGUGGAACUCCUGAGUACCUGGCUCCAGAGAUCAUCCUCAGCAAGGGCUACAACAAAGCUGUGGACUGGUGGGCGCUUGGAGUCCUUAUCUAUGAAAUGGCUGCCGGUUACCCUCCAUUUUUUGCCGAUCAGCCUAUCCAGAUCUACGAAAAGAUUGUGUCUGGCAAGGUUCGAUUCCCAUCUCACUUUAGCUCCGACCUGAAGGAUCUGCUGAGAAACCUGCUCCAGGUAGAUCUUACCAAGAGAUUUGGCAACCUGAAGAAUGGUGUGAACGACAUAAAAAAUCACAAGUGGUUCUCCACAACAGACUGGAUUGCCAUAUAUGAGAGAAAGGUUGAGGCCCCCUUCUUGCCAAAGUGCAGAGGACCAGGAGACACGAGCAACUUUGACGACUACGAAGAGGAAGACAUCCACGUCUCACAAACAGAAAAGUGUGCAAAAGAGUUUGCUGACUUCUAGUGAGUGGGCAAGAGUCCCGUCAGGGCUCACAUGUUUUGGGAUAUUUGCACUCUCCUGAGGGUUAAGGUGGAACAGAGGCCGUCACGUGUUCAAAACAAAUGCCUCGUUCCUUCAUUCCACACAGCUGAAUGAGGUCCUUCUUGCCAUGAUCCUGCGUGCAGUUAGCACUAACCUAUACACAGGCACAUUAUGCAGACACCCCUCGUGCUGCAACACAAAAAUACUAGACCACGUUAUCAUCUUUUGUCUUUUUUCUUUCUUUUUUUUUGUUGUUGUUUUUAUGUUUGCCACCUUUUGAAUAGCCUCCCUCCUCCUUAUUUCAAUUCAAAGAAUUAUUUGAAAAACGACAUGAAAACUAAUAUGCCCAUUUUCAAGUGGCACAAAGAGUGAUUGAUUGUAUUAGCUGGUAUUGCACAUAUUGUGAUUUAAGCUUUGGGAAAAUAGAAGGGAUUUAUUUUUUUUCUGUUACACGCCUGAGUGUGUUUUUAGGGUUCAGUUUAAUAUUCAUUAAUCAUGAACACAUUAUUCAUCAUUCUGGUGUCCUUAAGACCUAGAACUUUGUGCAUAUAGAAAUAUACAUAUACUGUAUGAGACAUAAGAUUUUCAAACACGUGUUGUUAAAGCAUGACCAAAAUUCAAAGAAACUGGUCUUUAGUGAAGGAAAAUCAACACUGAAGACUUCUUGAAGUUUCUGACGUUUAAGCACUCGGGCAUUCGAUUCUUGAGGAGAUUGAUCAACAGUGACAAGUGUUAUUAUGAAGCAGAAACUUGUCCGUGCUGUAUUAACUGAUCAGUUGUAGCAUUGUGUUAUCCAUAUCUGGUCACAGGACAUUUCCUUUUACCUCAGACUAGUUGUGGUAUUAAAUGAAUAGAAUGAGAUGAUCUAUUUUUCAGGUACAACUCUGUUUCACAAGUACGUAAGGUAAACUGAAGGGGUUUGAGUAUGUCACUCCACACAACAGGUCAUCUGUCUUUGGUAUGUCAAAAAAAUGUAUGAUUUGCAUCGAUACGGCAGCAGAAAAGGUCAGUGUGUUUCAGAUUUUCUUGACAGUUGUGAGUUGAGCAGUGUUGGUCACGUGGACAUAUUUUGUCCAUUCGGAGUUGCUUUUUGAUUUUUUUUUUUUUUUGUUGUUGUUUUUUUUAAAUGCUAGUUGUGUUUCAGCAGAGCACUUGGAAGUCAUUGUGUAACUGCCAUAUUUGUUUUUUUUUUUGUUUGUUUGUUUUUUUUUGUUUUUUCAUUUUUACUUUUGCAUGUUUGUUAAGUUUGUACAGCAAUGUCACAACAAGCUAAUAGUUCCCUGAAAGUGUUCCCAUCUUCUUCUUCCUCUUCUUCUUGUUUUGGUUUGUUUUGUUAUCUUUGAAAUUGUUUCAUAACCUGGAACAUUGAUGCAUUAGAUAGGCAAUUUUUAUCUGAGUGACAUAUUCCUCUGCAUAAUCCCAUGAAAGCAAAAUUUUAUCAUUAACCAUGAAAUCAUAACAGAAAACUGAAAUAUCAUAACCUUAAAGUAUUCAUUCAUCUUGGUCACUACUUGGUUGAAACAUAUACUUACCUCAACUAUAGCUUGUAGUCUCUUUGCAUCAUUUUUUUAACCAAUUUGUACACUGUGAUGGAGCAAUAUUUGCUCAUUCUUCCUUGCAAAGUUGCUCAGGCUGAGUCAGGUCGGUUAGAGAACGUUAACAGACAAAAACGUUGUGGUCUUGUUACAGAUUUUUAAAGGGAAUAAGGUCAAGAGUCUGACUUUUUUCAUUAACCACUCCUGUUAAGUUAUUGUCUACACAUUUAAUAUAAUUAAAAAAUAUAUAAGUUUAGUUGAAGUUUAAGGGGCACCAUUGAUUUCUCAUGAAUUCUGACACAUUGCCUGUCCUUGCUGCUGAAAUGUAGUCUGCAAACACCUCGCCAGUGUGACAGGUUGCGUGUUUAACAGAUGAUCAUGGGAUCUGUUUGUCAAAGAUUCGAUACCUACAAGGCCAAGGUGUCCACUUGUUGAACUUUCAGAUGUCAGAAAAGUCUCCUGCAUCUGUGAGGGGGGGGGUUUGUCUCUGCCGUCCACAGGGAGGUCCGAGUUUGAGGUUGUUUCUGCAGGUUGGACACUCAGGGUUGUGGGGAUAUCAAAGUUUUACAUUUCACAUCUUGUCGGAUACAAUAAUACAUCUGUUGACAGUCUUUCAAUAUAACAUCUGUUGAGUCUUCUGAAGUUUUGAUCAUUAUUUGACAUGGUGCUCAAGUGUUUGUAGAUGAGAAAAAUGCAAUUUAAUCAAGUUCAACGAUCUUAGACAACCAAAUGUGAAAAAGCUUUGGGGACUGAAUGCUUUUUUUAAAGGUACUGAUGUACUGUAUAUGGAUAUUGGCUAUGCCUGAAUUUUAUUUUUUAUUUUUCUUUCUCAUAUAUUGAGCACAUGAUGUGAUAUUUUAUUUAGCCCUACUUUCAUUUCAAAAGGCACAACUGUUUCGUAUGCUAUUUUUAUUUAUAUUAGAGAUGUCUAAUGAUAAAUUACAUUUGAAAUGUUUAAACCUGCAUAGUUCUUAGUAUAUAUAAGAAGACUCCAACAGUUUUAUUCACAGAGGUGUUAUAAACAGUGAAUAUAUUGGAUUAUUUAUUUGUGCAACUUUUUUUCAUUUUCCCUUAUUAAAAAAAAGAAAGAAAAGUUUAUAGAAAUAAACAUAUUUACCACAGUUAAUACACAUUGAUGCCUCUCAUGCCUAUUUAAAGUUGUAGCCUUUUAAUCUAAUUUAUUUUUCCCUUGUUUUUCUUUACUGAAGAAAUUAACUUAAUAAAAGUGGAUCAAAUAUUAAUUUCCCAGUUUGAAGGGGUGACCAGAAUGUAAUUGCAGAAUCAAUGACUUUUUAUUAUUAUUAUUAUUUGGACAGACUUUGAAAACUACACCUGGGAAUUCAGCAUGUUUCAAUCCAAACUGCCUGUGUGUAAAUCUUCCCAGAAAGUGUGUAGGAAAUCCACAGCUCUUCUUAUGUGUCAUUUAUCCCUUUCUUCCCAUGUGUGUAAUAAUGUUUGUCAUAUUUGAUGUUAAAUGAUGGCACUUUUUCUCCCCCCCUGAGCCACCUCACACUCCUGACUGAAGGAAAUCAAAGUUUAUGAGUUCUUUGUAGCUAGUCACACAUGCCAGUAUGGGA